AUGGACGUCAUGGAGCUAGUCGAGAACGAGCAAAACGCACGACCUUUUCAAUGCGAUUGGAAUUCAUGCAGCAAGAGCUUCAACAGAAAAUCUGAUCUUCAACGCCAUUAUCGCAUACAUACAAACGAGAGACCAUACUCAUGCGUAACACCUGGAUGCGGCAAAAGCUUCAUCCAAAGAAGUGCUUUGACCGUGCACAUCCGUACACACACCGGCGAAAAGCCUCAUCAGUGUCAACACAUCGGAUGUGGUAAAAGAUUUUCUGACUCAUCUAGUCUUGCCCGCCACAGGCGUAUUCACACAGGCAAGAGACCGUACAAAUGUGCACACGAUGGCUGCUUAAAGAGCUUUUGUCGAAAGACUACCAUGGUCAAGCAUCAAAGACGUUCUCAUCAGCGUGGUAUUCAUUCAUCAGAACUUGAUGACGGCGAGACUUCCGAUUCAGACAGUGGCGAAUCGCCAACCACCCCUCAACACCAUUCUGGUCAGAUUCAAUGGCCUCAGCAUUUAACAGUACCAGGUGUUCCAAGUGGACAUCAGAUGCAUAGAGCACACUCAUUUGCGGAUUUUGGACAACAGAUUGAUGGAUACCAAAUGUCACAAGGAUACAACCAUAGACACAGUCUUUCAGGAGGCCCUCAGGCCUAUGGUAUUCCCGAGCAACACCAACAAAUCAUGCAAAGGCAGGCUUCUCUUCAACAUUCUUCUUAUUACGUUCCAGAGCAGAACAACCCCGGUGUUGCGACUUUAAACACCAACCCAGCUCCCAUUCAGACCUACCACAUUCCUCGCCAUUCCAUGGAGAGACAUCCCCAGGAGAUGUUGCAGAGCAGUCCGGGUAGUUACUCUCCCCACUCCCGUGCCAGCCCAGUCUCCCAAGAGCCAUACUAUACGCAUACGCAGCACCAUAUUCCUGCUUAUGCUAUUCACGGGCAAUCUCCUACCGACACGCAGCCUUUGAUCAAUUAUCCGCAGCAUUUGCCACAACCUCAGACAAUGCAAUCACCACAGGCACCGCACCAUUUGCAACAACAUUAUCCACAACCUCCUGAGCAUGGCCAGUGGUACGAAAGUACUCCUUAUCAACAACCUGAAGUCAUCAGCCACGUACCAAUGUACCCUCAAGUCACCGUCUUCAGCGAUCCCUGGCCUAAACUCGAGAGCUUCGAUGAUCCAUCAUUACAGAUGCCCAGUGCUCGCAUUGAGAAUUUGUAA